CACAUUUGACGCAUAAAAUGUCAAAUACAUCAUACAUUAGCUUAUUUAUUAUAACAAUUCAGUAAAACCAAACAAACAUUUGUGAUUUGCAAGAUUUUCACUGAUGUAUAAAAAAAUAUGAAAUUCCGAUUUUGUGGAGAUUGUGAUUGUCCGGAAUGGGUGCUUGCAGAAAUUCAUUCGUCGUUAUCAAUGCUCACAUCAGUCAAGUUGAAAAUUUUAACUCAACUAGUGGCUUGUAGUAUAUUAGGCGAUGAAGUUCCGGAAGUCAAAUUGAAAAGUUCCUUUAUGACAAAUAAAAACGACCUGAAGUCCAUAAAGUCGGCAAUGGCAUGUAUUCGAUUCUUGUUAGUGAACGCGACCAGAUUUCGUACCGAUGAAACCACAUUUUCGACAGAAUUGCAACAAUUGGGCCUUCCUCAAGAACAUUCCUCUGCCAUUUGUCGUGUAUUCAAAGAACAAAGUGGUAAUAUUCAAGAAUAUCUAACGAAAAAUAGCUUAACAGUUAACGAGCUUAUCGAUAUGACAUUCGACAUACCAAGCGAUGCGAUAAACUGUGCCUGUAUAACAUUCAAACUAAAAAAUGAAAUUAUCGAUGGAGUGCCGACCGAAACAAGCCAUGAGAUCAAUAUAGAGAGGUCUGAUGUAAGAAUGUUACUGAAAGAAAUGAAAACGGUCCGCAGCCUCAUGGACGAGACUGAAUAAAGACUAAACAUACACACUCCCAGUCAACCCAUUUAUAUCUAUGCGGGGCACAUGCUUUUAAAAUUAUAUAUCACUUCAGAAUGCAGAUAGUAUAAUUAAAUUAGUUUAAGUGCUGAAUAUAAAAUAAUGGUAAUAUAUUGGAAUAUUUUACUUUGUGAAAAUGAAUAUGUCAUGAAAUGUUAAAAGAGUUUUUGGACCAGAGAACUAAAUCUUUUCAACACAUAUACGAUCCCAACAAUAAAUUUUGGUUUAAAUUCAAUUUUACUUAUUAUUUUCAUGCAUGCAUUUUUGUCAUUGUAAAAGUUUUCCCCUUUAAACAUUUUGCAGAUUAAAACGCAUUCAACAAAUUCAUAUUUUAAAUAUAUCCUUGCGUAAAGUCUCAAUAUUCGAUUAGCGGUAUGCAGUUUGUAAACCUCAAAUGGGUUUCGGGUUCUUUCAACAUGAUUUAUUCCAUCUUUAAACAAUUUGGAUGCUUUGCUUCAUUUGGAAUGACUCAAGCUAUCAACUUACGCGUGUGAGUGUGAUCCAGCAAACCAUAGUAGCUCACGGAUUUUUCUAUGAAACUAUUUUUUCUAUUCGAAGUUUUAGAUGAAAUAUGGAGAUGCACCAAAAAUUAAUCACAAAAAAUGGAAUAUUCAACAGAAUAAUAUCCACCAUGAGGAAUAAAUUUAUAAGGAAAUUAGAAUGAAUUUAUAAGGUUUUUGUUAAAAACUCAAAUGCUACCAAAAGCUCAUCCAAUAAAUACACCCAUAGAAGCUUUUUUGUUCAUUCCAAAAAUGAACAAUUCCAAAUAUUGUUAUAUCUGAAUGAAAAACUAAUUGAUGAACAGCACGAAUGCCAUAAUAAAUAAACCAAAACCAAUUUCGCUUAAAAAUCUAUAUCUACCUAAAAUCAAUCUGCAUUUAUUACAGUGUUUUCAAUAUUGACAUAUAUAUUGGUGACAUAUAAAUAUAAGGCAGUAAGCAAUACCUUUUGCAAUAUGUGCCGAGUAGGAGUAAUUCUAGAAAAAUUGAAAUUGCAAUAAAAUCAACACAAAACGAGAAAGUCUUUUGAAAAUGUCAUAAAAAUGUGUAACAUUCGAUUCUUAUUGAUAAAAUUUGGCAUUGUGUUUUGAUGGUGAAAUAUAUACUUCGGUGUUCAUACUUUUUUUCGUUGAAUACGAGUUGAAUGCUGGGAGUGUGAGUCAAAUAGCACGCGCUGUUGUUCAAGCAUACAGCCAAAUGGUUAAAAUUCGAUUAUAUAAAAAGUUGCUGUAACAAAUCGAGAAUACCUUCGAAAACACAUGCUUAAUUUUAACUUGAAUGGCAAAACGACAUUCGUAAAAUUUUUACGAAUCUUACAAUUGUAAGAGUCGAAAUGGAAAAAAUUAUGCAUUAGUUUACUAUCGUAAUAAAGGCGCCAGCUGCGGCAGUGUGAAAAAAACAAGUCAACAAAAAUAGCUUUUCGUUAAUAAGAUUCAAUACGAAUUUUAUCAAUUGCCAUUGUUUCAAAUCCGAAUCGAAUUUAUUACAUUCAGAGUACCAACAUUUACCCCUCAGCUUUUGAGAUGGGGGGGGUCGGUAUACAUGUGAACAAAAUGAUCGUUUGUUUGCGACAUAUUUUUCAUUUGAAACACAGCAUUUCUUAAUAAAUGUGACUCCUGGCCUGUUUCUCAAGUCUGUUGUUGAUUUCAUUGUUCUUAAAAGCUACAAUUUGGAACAAUAUAAUGUUGUAUAUCAUCUUUUCAAUAAGUUUAAUUUUAGCAAGAUUGAUCGUUUUCGAAUAAUAAUUAAGGUAUGGUUUUUCAUAAUAUUUCUGUAGUGUAAAUAGCCAUGAACCAAAGAUGUUUUGUUUCCAUCUUAAUAGGUAAAACAUUUUUUGUGUUCGCUAAAAUUGGGAAGUGGGAUUUAUUUUAAAAUGGGAUUAGUACCAAAAUUUAAAUAACACGGGUAUUGAAUCGCCAGCUUAAAAUUCUAUACAUAAAUUUACAUGUUUAUGGUUUGUUUACAGUAUAUUACCUCGAUAUAAGCCGAAUGAGUGUGGCCGAGAGUACUGCAUUCUACUUGCACCACAAUGUGCAUUUAUUUGACUCUUAUUUAAUUCUCAUCAGCAGUUUAGUUGCUGCGAUUAAAAGGCGUGUAACGCCAACAAGUUCUUACAAGGGACGUAUAUCUUAACUUUUUCAUUUUAUUAUUGAACACAUUCAUGCACAAACUUUUCACAGCUUGUCACGCGACUAGUCACGUGUCUUCGUCACACUCCCCAAGGCAUAGAUAUCAUACACCAUGCGAUAACAAAAAACAACGCAACAUUUGAUUGUAUGCAAUGUAAACACUCAAUUACAUACAAUUUAAUAAAUACACAUGUUUGCACCAAUGUAAUCUGGUUGUGUGUUGUGCAUUUAUUUAUGAGAGGAGUUCGCUCACUUGCGUGGAUGAUAUAUUUUUCCUCAUCAACUUAAUCAUUGUCAAUGCUGAAGCAAUGCGUAUUGCGUAAUAUAAAACAUUUUUUUGUGUUUAAUCGAUUAAAAUUAAUAUUAAUAAAUUAGAUUUACAUAAAUAACGAGCAAUGUAAACCAAAUGUGUUUGAGCUAUAUAGGAAUGAACAAUGAUAGGAACCACGCUGAUUGAAUUUACUGCCACACAAUAUUAUUUAUUUUGAUAGAUUAUGUUCAAGAUAAGGCAAAAUAACAACAUCAACGGGUGUAUACAAGUCAUGAAGGGAUGAAUCUCUGGAUUGCAACGCAACGCGUGUUAAAAUGUUGACAUGCUAGAGUUGCUCGAAAGGACAUCGUGUAUUAUACAAGUGUCGGCGUUUUCAUGGGAAUACAAAAGGAAAUAUUAAACAUAUAAUAUCGUGGCUCUUCGUUAAUUCUCCCACGAGAGACACAUGCACAAAAGUGAACGGCAUUCACAUCAAUUGCUUUGAUAUACCUACCUUGUGCUGAAAUUAUAUUUAUUCAACAAUAUCAGAUUGGGCGAGGGUGACUCAAAACUUGAAGAAUACACUCGUUUCUGUGGGUGCAUAUAAUUAAAUACAAAUUAUACAAAAUUAAAAUACAAAUUGCAACAUAUUUGUUAUUUGUAAGCCAAGCACAUGCAGGAAUAUUAUGUAUUCUUAGGCAAACGAUGAUCCAACAACAUUUUACUCGGGGGAUCAAUUGUGCAAAACAAAACCGCAUCAUAAGAUUUUAUAAUAGUUCUUGAUUUAAUUUCACAAAAAUUAGCAGAAAAAAUAUUCUGAAAUCUCGCAAAAAUGUAUCAUAUGAAUCAAUGAAAGAAAAUAAAAUACGGCAAUUUUUUGAAUA